AUGACUUUGAGGAGAGCACGGAGCAUGUCUCAAAAGCUACCUAUACAUCGUCUUCCACUCCCUGCUACCACCCUUCAGUAUGCUCUCCCUCAACUCCCACUUCCAGACAAUCCUUCGGCGCAGCGAAGAUCGCAGACAUUCCCUCCUGCCACCUCGGGGGUGUGGGCAAGGGUGAAUCCCCUGUGGGCUUGUUGGCCACCACGUAUAUCCAAAGCUGAGGCCGACGAAAUAGAAGCAGGACUGGACGGGAGGGAAAUAGAAUUGGAGGAUGUUUUGAAACGAUGGGAUCCGAUAGAUGAUGCUGGUCCGUCCACUUAUUCGAGCUCUGAGGAUCGAACAACUUUGGCCAUUGACAAGGACCUGGAAGCUGGGACAAGUGGUCGAACAGAUCUAGGACAAUCGACAGAGCUGAGCUUGAUGUCAUCGGAAAGAAGACUUCGACUCUCUCCAGUUCUCUUGGGUGUAUCGCCGGCCACUUUGAGGGACUCUCUCCCUCAUCUGGAUUCAGGGGACGCCGUGGAACUCUGUGCUGCUCCUUUAAACUCGAAGAAUCAUCCUGACGAAGAUGGAAGGGAUGUAGGGUCAACCGGAUCAGGAAACGAAGCACGAGAUUCAUUCGUCGACGUCUUGUCAGGACGUAAAGUCCUCAUGUCGUCAAACUACGGUCCCUUCUCCACCCGUUAUUGCGGACAUCAAUUCGGUUCUUGGGCUGGACAAUUGGGAGACGGGCGGGCGAUCUCUAUUCUGGAGACUACCAGCCAGGAGGGAGGCAGACAAGAGAUUCAGUUGAAAGGGGCGGGAAGAACACCCUUUAGUCGGACGGCGGAUGGGUUGGCUGUUUUAAGGAGUGGAGUCAGGGAGUUUUUGGGAUGCGAGGCCCUCGCUGCUCUAGGUAUACCCACAACUCGUUCUCUCGCUCUUCUCACCCACCCAUCCCUUCCCGUAUUCCGGGAAAACGGUCCCGAACCUCCUUCUCUCCUCGCCCGCGUAGCCCCAUCAUUCAUACGUAUCGGUCAUUUUCAAGCUCUCAACCCCGGUCCGGAAGCACGUCAAACGCAAUUCUUCUUCGGUGGAAAUUGGCAAACCUCUGAGAUCGCCAAUGAUUCACCAGAGAAGGAUGCUUUGGGUGGACAAGGGAAUCUGGAGAGUUUGAGGGACUUGACGUUUUGGUGUAUGAAUUUGAUCGGAUGGGAGGGGAGUAUAGGUGAUUGGGUCAGAGAAGUGGGGAGAAGGAAUGCAGAGAUGGUUGCUCUUUGGCAGGUUUACGGAUGGAUGCAUGGGGUGUUGAAUACAGACAAUAUUUCAAUUCUCGGCUUGACGAUAGAUUUUGGUCCUUAUGCUUUUAUGGAUGUAUACGAUCCCUCGCACAUAUGUAACCAUUCGGAUCCAACCGGUCUUUACUCGUAUCGAAAUCAAACUUCCCGGGUAAUGUUCGCAAUCGAUAAAUUGGUCUCCUCUGUCGCUCCUCUGAUAGGGUACGAACUCCUCCGUGGUCUACCUUCCCCCGCAUUUAGCAUCUAUGCGAGUGAGGAUGAUGUAGCGGAAUGGACCGACAAGGGAUUGGAAGUUAUGGAAGGAUGGGAAAAGGAGUUUCUGUCGAUUGAAGGAGAGGCGGAAAGGAAAGGCUGGAGGACAAGAUUCGGACUUCUAAGCGAAAAAAAUACAGAUGAUCGACUGAUAUCUGACUUCUUGACACUUUUACAUACACAUUCAUUAGAUUUUCACGCUACAUUCCGUCUUCUAUCUUCUUUCUCUCCUCUUCCUUCGUCAUCUAAACCGGUCGUAUCGUCCGCUGCCUCUGGUCUCUCAACGCCCGAAGACACUUCUGUAAAUUCGAGAACCGUCGAGCAGACCUCAGAUAUUGAUAUGGAUGUUUUUCUUUCUCAACUCGAGACAUGUCUACCUACCUCUACUCUUUCUUCCGUUGGAGAAGCAAGUAAAGCUUUCGUCCCUUGGUUAUUAGAAUACGGUAAACGUAUCGUCGAUCCAGCAGAAAGACAUGCUUGGCAAAAACAUACAUCACCUGCAACUAAUGUAGGGGGGGACGUUCGACUGGAAGGUGUGAAGCAGAAGGUUGAGGAAGAAGGAUGGAUUGUCAAACGGCGGAUGGUGAUGGAUCAGACAAAUCCUAGGUUCGUCCUUCGCCAAUGGGUAUUAGAAGAGGUAAUCGGCGUCAUGGAGAAUUGUGCGGAAGGAGAGGAGAAUAAGUCCCGGGAAGCUCUUUCGAAGAUGGCUUUGAACCCCUUUGCUCCCUAUCCUACUGGCGAAGAAGCAAGGUUAUGUGGUUUGGGGUCACGAGAGAUGUUGGGCUUCCAAUGUAGCUGUUCAUCUUGAUUCAUCUGUAUGUAUACCACAUCAUCCUGUGGCAUGAAUCAAUGUCCAUCUC